UGCAGCUGCAGCGGCGGGGGAGGCGGCAGCGGGGCCCCGGAGGGGGGCUGCGCAGGGGGCCGGCGCGUAGCCGGGACUAUGGAGGGGCAGAGCGGCCGCUGCAAGAUCGUGGUGGUGGGGGACGCCGAGUGCGGCAAGACGGCGCUGCUGCAGGUGUUCGCCAAGGACGCCUACCCCGGGAGUUAUGUCCCCACUGUGUUUGAGAACUACACCGCGAGCUUUGAGAUCGACAAGCGCCGCAUUGAGCUCAACAUGUGGGACACUUCAGGUUCCUCUUACUAUGAUAACGUCCGGCCUCUGGCCUAUCCUGAUUCUGAUGCUGUGCUCAUCUGUUUCGACAUUAGCAGACCCGAAACACUGGACAGUGUCCUCAAGAAGUGGCAAGGGGAGACUCAGGAGUUUUGCCCCAAUGCCAAGGUUGUGCUGGUUGGCUGUAAACUGGACAUGCGCACCGACCUGGCCACACUGAGGGAGCUGUCCAAGCAGAGGCUUAUCCCUGUUACACAUGAGCAGGGCACUGUGCUGGCCAAGCAGGUAGGGGCUGUGUCCUACGUGGAGUGCUCCUCCCGGUCCUCUGAGCGCAGCGUGAGGGAUGUCUUCCAUGUGGCCACAGUGGCCUCCCUUGGCCGUGGCCAUAGGCAGCUGCGUCGUACUGACUCACGCCGUGGACUGCAGAGAUCCGCUCAGCUGGCAGGCCGGCCGGACCGAGGGACCGGGACCGAGAGCGAGAUACACAAGGAUCGAGCCAAGAGCUGCAACCUCAUCCUUCCCCGAAGGGACAGUCAUGAAAAAGAGCUGGAGAUUUGGAAGCAGAGGACCUGGGUUUCUGCUCUGCCACUUCCUCCCCGGGGAGCCUUUGGUGAGGUUCUGCACCCGUCUGAACCUCGGUCUUCACGCCUGGAAAAGAGCUGAUCACCACGUCUACUUCGCCAUGCUGUUGAGGAAGAGUCAGAGAGGAGGAAGGCUACAGGACAGCUGUUUGCCCCUUUCUAGGUGGCCGAGCGAGCAGGUGUGUCAGCCUUUACUCCUUACAGCUUCGACACCCAGGCCUGACCGCUUCUGGGCCUGCCUGAGGGAAUCGGGAAAGGCCUCUGGGAGGGGGCUACUUACGCUCAGGAUUCAGAGGCUGGAGGAAGGCCAAAAGACAGGAGGGGAGGUCUGCGUGUGUUGUUCCCACAUCUAUCCUGAGGGCUAGAGAGAGCGUUAAUGACUCCUCCAAAGGCUGAAGUCCUUUGGUCCCUGAUUUUCUGAACUCCCUCAUAAACUUUUCUGAAGUCUCUGGGUGAGAACACCACGUUGCCAUGGUUACCUCACCCCAGAUAGGCUCAGACUGGUCCUGCAGGCUGAGGGAGGUGGGGGUUAGGGGUCAUGUCCCUGAGGUUGCCAGUGUCACCAGGAUCCUAGCAGGCAAUCCUGGUACAGCUGUCUCUGCCCCCUCUGUACUCGCUUCCCCAAGAAAGAGGUUUGGCUCUUCCUGGCGUCCCUCCUCCCCUUUCGCUCUCUGCCAACAAAAGAGUUCCUUCUACACAGUGCAGCCCCCUCCCACCUUCCUCCUUCCAGCCGAGUCUGUCUCCAUCUCUAGUAAAUCCCCGACGCCCUCUCCUCGUGGGUGGGGGUGAGGGUCAGAGAGAGGGGAGGCUCCAGGUCCAGGCAGGUGUGGUGGCUCCCCAGCAGCCGAAGGAACAAGGGGCCUGUGCGUGAGUGCCCCUCCCCCCACGAAAAUGCCUCUGCUG